AUGAAGGCCGUGUAUAAUCAAGCUCUUUGUCCAACUUCGUGUUCGCAUAGAACUCCAGAGCAUAAGCAAACGUUGAACAUCAAUGCGAAUGGGACUGUGACAGUAGCUCUCAAGGGAAAUGUAAUGUCCAGAACAGGUUCUGUAACUGGUAAGGGGAGAAACUUUAUCUCAGUUGCAUCUGUUAAAGAAUUGACUCAUGAUAGUGAAACAAAAGCUCGACAAAAUAUUCCGACCGAGAAACAAUCGGUUGAUCCAUUUCGUCAGGGGAACAUCACUGACGGAGGCGUCAGAUACAAACAGACUGUUGUUAUAAGGUCCUAUGAAGUUGGUGCUGAUAAAACUGCAACAUUAGAGAGCAUUCUCAACCUUCUUCAGGAAACAGCAUUGAACCAUGUUUGGGUAUCUGGACUACUAGGUGAUGGAUUUGGUGCGACACAUGGCAUGGUAAGGAAUAACCUCAUAUGGGUUGUAACAAGGAUGCAAGUUCAAGUUGAUGAAUAUCCAAUCUGGGGUGAAGUAAUGGAGGUUGACACAUGGGUUGGGGCAUCAGGGAAAAAUGGAAUGAGGAGAGACUGGCUAAUCAGAAGUGAUGCCACCGGAGAAGUCUUAGUUCGGGCUACAAGCACUUGGGUGAUGAUGAACCAACAAACUAGACGGCUUUCAAAAAUGCCAGUAGUAGUCAGAGAAGAGAUUUCACCUUGGUUUAUAGAAAAGAAAGCAUUUGAAGAAGAAAUUCCAGAAAAAAUAAACAAGCUGAACAAGACUGCCAAAUUUACAAACAGCAACUUGAAGCCCAAGAGAAGUGACUUGGAUAUGAAUCAACAUGUGAACAAUGUUAAGUACGUAAACUGGACGCUGGAGACCAUCCCUCACAAAUUUUUGAAGAACUACCAGCUAACCAGAAUAACUCUCGAGUAUAGAAGAGAAUGUCGCAGUUCAGACGUAGUUCAAUCAUUAUGCGAACCUGAAGAAGAGAGUUAUGAAGAAAGACAUCACGAGAGUAGUAAUGUUGACAAGGCAAAUUCACUAGCAUCAGCUUUGUUUCAGGACUGUAACCACAAUAAGUCCUUGCAAACAUACACCCAUCUUCUACAGAUUACAGGAGAUAAGGAGGAAAGUGAAGAGAUUGUUCGAGGGCGAACCAUGUGGAAAAGAAAGCUCUAA